ACGCAAACAUGCACACGUUAUCUUUUAAUUAUCUUCCUAAUAAUUUACAAUGUUGGCAAAAGAAUGUCCAGUGCUACUUCGACAUUUGUAAUCGUCAACAUACAAGUAACUUGUUUGAUUAUCCAUAGCAUCACAACGAGUGGUGCAUUUCACGAGCGGUAUAGUACUAAAUGGCCUUAUAAUUAUUUUAACUCUAAUUGGCAACAACGGUAUAUCCCUCAAUACACAGUUGGAUUAGUUCAACCACUACAAGAUGAAAAUUCUUAUUCCUCAUCGUCAGGUUCCAGCAGUUUGGAAAAUUCAUCCAAUAGUGCAUCUAUAUCUAACCCUUCAACGGAACAUAAGAAAACAAACUAUAAAAAAAAAUACCAGAACAAUUGCAAAUGCUCUUGUGAAGAUUGCGACAGACUCAUGAGUCUUAUUGACGAAAGAGUACAAGAUUGUUGCAAAGAUAAAUGCAAACGAUGUCUUCUAAAAUCAACCACAAGAAAAUCAAAAACUAUGACGUAUAUGAUAUUGCCGUACGUGGUUCCAAUAAUGUUUUCUAUGAAAAUAAAUCCAAUAACAUCAAGUGCAACAACUACAACAUCAACAACUUUAGAACAUACUACGUCAACUACAACUUCGAGAACGACUACCACUACUACUCCGACAACGACGACUACUACUAUCACUACUAAGACUACUACUACUCCUACGUCGACUACUACUACUACUCCUAGUACGUCGACUACUACUCCUACGUCGACUACUACUACUACUCCUAGAACGACGACUAGUACUCCUACGUCGACUACUACUUCUACGACGACUACUACUACUACUCCUACUACAACUACGACAACUAGCUCGACUACUAGUUCUACGGAACCACCAAUACCAUUCACUUUGAGGACAUUCUCUACUUAUGUAAUACCAGAAGAAAGUCCAUCAUACCCAGUACGAGAUGUUAGCGCCGAUAUAACUAUUCUAUUUCCGGAAGAGAACGAUAGUAAAAAGGACGAUGACGAAGAGAACGAUAGUAAAAAGGACGAUGGCGAAGAGAACGAUGUCACUGCGUAUUUUUCCCCCCAAAAGAAUGAUAUGUAUUAUUAUGUUGAUGACACUACAACAACUGCUAGAAGCAGCUGGCAGGACCAUGAUUACCAUUACUAUGAAGAGUAUACAACUUCAACUAGACCCAAUAAAAAAUGCGAAAUACCCAAAUGUGUACGUAACAAAAAGAAACUGUAUUAUUAUGCAAGGAAGCAAGUUGCGACUACGGAACAACCCUUUCUUAUGCCCACCAGAGCAAUUCCUGCGAGAAAAAGUUACAGUACAGUUGAUAAUGAACUUUAUAAUGACGAAACUGUAAAAGAUUAUUAUAAUAUGGUGUAUGACGAAAAGAUGAAUUAUGCGAGAGAAUACUACUAUGAUGACUAUUAUUAUUAUACGGAUAAGGUUGAUUACAACGAAAUAUCAGUUGAGUUAUCAGCUAAUUUCUAAUUUGAAGUUUCACUCACAUGAAUAAGGCUGACUUUACAUUGCCGCGAAACUGGAUGCAUGCGAAUUUUGAUAACGAUAUUAUACAUAGCAUAAUGAAUUUUAUGAUAAUUGAGUAAUUCCCGAUACUGCGCGAGAAUUCUCCGGAAGACGUCGAAGACGACCUAGGGGUUUACUCCCUUUCUCCAUCCAACUUCCGCCCAAAACAAUUACUGUGAAAUAAAUAAUACUCGAACUUCGAAGCUUCAUAUUUGACAUUGUGUUUUGAUUUUGUCGAGUAGGUAGUUUUUAAGUGACGGGACGAACAUAUCGUGCGUCUGGUGGUAAACUACACGCCUGCCCAUAACAAUCUCAGUGCCACUCAGAGCUUUAAAUAGCAAAGAUCUGAGGGGCACUGCCACUGCGCCCGUCUCCCCGAGGCAUAAGUUACAAUGUUCCAUGUCCCUAUAAUUUCACCAGCACCCUUACCCUUCAAAGCCGGAUCACAAUAUUGCUGAUAUUACUGCUUGGCGGCAGAAAUAGGUAAGGUGGCAAUACUUCCAUGGACAGACUUUUUCACAAGGAGCUCUACUGCUACUUAUUUGACAGUAAUUGUUUCGGACGGAUGUCGGGCAUAGAACGGAAGUAGACCCACUCUUUUAAGGCUUAUAAACUAGACACUUUAUACGUUACCCAAUUGGCAUGAAGUUCAUUAUGAUAUAGCCACAAAAAUGCG